CAACCCAUUGACGUAAAAAUCACAAGGCAGUGUUUGGAAUGGUGGAUGAGGAUUGAGGAAGAAGCCGUUGCACACUAAUUAUUGUAAUUCGCUUGAUUUUCAUUUUUCAUCAACUACUUCCCAUUCGACAAAAACGAAACCUCAACGACCGUUUCAUUUUAAACCAUAUUAUUCCACAGAACCAAACACGACCUAAGUCUCCUCCAUGAUUCCCCUCAAAACUCAUCCACAUUCUCCAUUCUUCUUCUUGUCCAGUGCCAAAUCCAACCCUCUUCACUUCUCUCUCCAAUCCCUCUCUCUCUCUCUUCCCUCACUCAAACCCCCACUCUCUCUCUCUUCCAAUCUUCUCAGGGUUUCGAAUUUUGGAGGGCCAGUUUGCAGAACCAAACACAAUGAAGAAGAAGACAAGGGAGUUUCGCUGGAACUUCACGACUUGUCGCCAAAUGGAGCAGUAUACCAGAAAACACUGCAAUUGGUUGAGUGUUCCAUGUUUGCUGCACUCACCGGUUUGGUCUAUUUCUUGAGCAAUUCCCUAGCCAUUGAGAAUUACUUUAGUUGUUUCUUCUCAUUGCCAAUAGUGAUAUCCUCAAUGAGAUGGGGUGUUGAUGCUGGAAGGAAAACUCUGGUGGCGACAACUAUACUUUUGCUUGUCUUGUCUGGUCCAGUAAAAGCCCUAACUUAUCUGCUUAAGCAUGGUAUAGUUGGUUUCACAAUGGGUACUUUGUGGAGGUCAGGAGCAAGUUGGAAUCUGUCAAUUUUCUUGUGCACAAUUGUACGAUCACUGGGUGCGGUUGGCUUUGUCUUGAUUUCAUCUUUCUUGAUUAGGAAACAUACUAGCUUUGAUCACCAUUAACAUUCAUGCUUCUCUCACCUUUGUCCUCACUGCUUCUGGUGUUAAUUCUAUUCCCUCAAUGAACACGAUAUAUACCCUAUUCGGCAUUUUGGUUUUGAUCAAUAGUGGAUGUUUCAUGUUCUUGCUCCACCUGUUGUAUUCUGUUUUCCUUACUAGAAUGGGGAUGAAGUCUUCACUAAGAUUGCCAACAUGGUUGGAGAGAGCCAUUUAAUGCUGUAUGUAUUUAAGGUGUUGCAAAUUUUUCAAUUGAAAUGUUAUUCUUCUCUGUUGGGAUUUGAGAAGGGAUAGAUAGCUGAGGAUGUAUAUUAUUUAUAGCAUAACAAUUCAACAGAAAACAUGUUCUUAGAACUUUUGGAUUUUUAUAAUUAAAUUUUUGAAAUAUAGUUUGAGGUUGAGUGAAGUGAAUAACCAACUUGAUCAAUCACAUUUUAA